CAUUCGGCAGUUUUCGUCCAAGUGGAGGAGGAAAAAAGGAAAGCAAACAGUGGGCUGACCGCUCUCUCUGACACGCCACGAGAAAGUAGCCGCGGUUUAAACACCCACGGAGGCUGUGCGAGGAAAGUGAAGCUGUAGGGCGUCUCGGCAGAGAACAGGUGGUUUUAUCCGCGGUGAGUUCACAGAGCAGCGCUGACACACAGCGCCGAGAGGGAACCGUCUCCUCCCAGCUUCCCCACGGACACGGCUCGGCUCCAGUCAAUCACCGGGAACCUGUUUGACCUGACUCCACGCUGCACCGGGCAGUGUUGUACUUAUCAAGAUGUCUUCUAAAGCUCCGAGUGCCAAUAACCUGAACCAGGCCCGGCAGACCGUACAGCAGCUGAGACUAGAGGCGAAAAUUGAGAGGAUAAAGAUCUCCCAAGCCUCCGCGGACAUUGUGAAGUACUGCUGCCACCAUCAGAAAUCCGACCCCCUCAUCGCGGGAAUCCCUGCUUCAGAAAACCCCUUCAAGGAGAAGAAGCCCUGCACUUUAUUGUAGUGGAAGCCCUCUAGCCUUGUCUUUUUUUCUUCUGCUCAUCAACGUUGCUGUAUUGUUCAUGUUGGGAGGGGUGAGAGAGAAUCUGCGAUCAUAUCAUUAGGUGUUUUAACAGUCGGUGCAGAAUGCCGUGCGGCGGCUCCCGUUUGGGGGAUUUUGACCAAAACUACUGACCUGCCACUGUUCAGGGUGAACUUCAUCUGCUUCAGAAAUCUUUGUCUGCGUGGGUUUGAUUGCAUCUUAAAGUCUCAAACUUAUUUUCUAAUUCUUCUACCAGUAAAAGCAGCAUUCAGU